UCCAUUUCCUUCAUUGGUGCCGUCCCCUGAUCAAGUCAUGAACUUCCAUGUCGUGCUCCUCCUGCUUGGCUCCAUCCUGGUGGCCAUCAGGAUCUCAUUCUUCAUCUUAAGCGACAUGUCAUCUAGCUGCACCACCACCACCACCAUCACCUCCUCCGGUGGUAUAGAGCUGGCGGCGGCGCCGAAAACUGUGAUGGCGAGCACGGAGGAUGCCAUAGUGCCACUGCCUGUCCACAACAUAUCGGAGAAGCUAUCGCCGGAGGAGCAGGAGUUCUGGAAGCAGCCGCAGAAUGGAGGAUUUGAGCCGUGCAUAGAGUUCAGCGACGAGUACAGGCAGGACUCCGGUGCGAUCACCGCGGAGAAGAGGAGGUUCUUGAUCGUGUCGGUGGACGGGGGAUUGAACCAGCAGAGGAAUGAGAUCAUCGACGCGGUUGUUAUAGCCAGAAUUCUUGGAGCAGCUCUCGUCGUCCCUGUCCUCCAACGUCAUGGCGUGUGGAAAGACGAUAGUGAGUUCAGUGAGAUAUUUGACGUGGAGCACUUUAAGGCGACGUUGAGGUCAGAUGUGAUGAUAGUGUCAUCACUGCCGGCAGAACUCUUGACCGUCCGGAUAUAUCCAGAGACCUUGCCUCCUGAUUCUACCCCUGAUGUGGUUCGCUCUAAAUUCCAGUCAAAGCUAAUGGAGCGUCGGGUCAUUUAUUUAUACGAAAUGCGUCAUAAGCUUUCGAGAGCAUUACCUCUCGACCUACAAAGGCUUCGAUGCAAGGUGGCUUUCCAGGCACUCAAAUUCGCCGCUAAUAUCAGAACGGUAGGUGAGAAGUUGGCAGAAAGGAUUUGGAAGGAUGGGCCGUACAUUGCGCUUCAUCUAAGGCUGGAGAAGGAUGUGUGGGUGCACGCCGGCUGUUUGCCGGAAGUGUCGCCGAAACUGGACGCUGCCGUCGCCGGAGAACAAAAACGCCGCCCGGAGCUUGUGAACGAUAUGAACAUGACUUACGAGCAACGCAGAGAGGCCGGUUACUGUCCCCUGAACGCAGACCAAGUCGCACGGCUGUUGAAGGCAUUGGGUGCACCAAGAAGUGGGAAGAUAUACCUGGCCGGCGGGGAGCCAUAUGGCGGCGCCAAAGCGGUGAAGCCUCUGUCUCGAUUGUUCCCCAACUUGACCAGCAAGGAGAAACUUGCGUUUCCCGGCGAAUUGGAACCGUUCAUGGGCAAGCCGUCCGCUCUCGCCGCCGUCGAUUACAUCAUCUCCCUCAAUAGCGGCGUCUUCAUGCCUUCCACCGGCGGCAACAUGGCUCACGCCUUGCAGGGGCAUAGGGCAUAUAUCGGCCAUCGCAAGGUUAUAAGACCGCAUAAAGGAGUCAUGGCCAAGGCCUUCUUGUCCGGCAAAUCGCUUUCCGACGAGGAAUUCAGUCGGAUGAUGAAGUCGAUGCACCAGAAUCUACAGGGUCAGCCUCUGCCCAUCACCGGCACUAGGCAAGGUUACCAAGAUGUGACGGCAUUUCCGGUGCCGGAAUGCAUGUGCAAGCGCAAUUUAUCCGUAUCUUUGUGAUUAAGGUUCUUUCAACUUGUUCUUAAAGCAAUGUGAUUAAUCGA